CCGAUCAAACAAGACACGAAUCCAAGCAAACACACAUAAAUUGUCCAACAUUAGAAAAUGUCCAUUUUUCUCCUGUCUUUCCUCUUUUUAGCGACUUCUUUCUUUGUUUCCGGCCAAAAUCUAACUGCUUACGAGGUUGUCCAAAAGUACAAGUUCCCAAGAGGAAUCUUACCACAAGGUGUCGUCGACUACGACCUAAACCCCAAAACGGGCUAUUUCAAAGUCUAGUUCAACCGCACGUGUAAGUUUCCAAUCGACACAUACAAGCUCAAGUACCAGUCAACAGUCUCAGGCUUCAUAAGAAACGGACGGGUCAGUAAACUGAUGGGCGUAAGCGUUAAAGUGCUUUUCUUUUGGCUUAACAUCACCGAGGUGUAUCGUGACGAUGACGAACUCGAACUCUCCGUUGGCGUUGCCUCCGAGGAUAUCUCGGUGCAUCAUUUCGCGAAUAGCCCACAAUGUGGUUGUGGGUUUUAUUGUCGUAAGCUUGCUUUUUCUUCUUGA